AUGAGUUCUGUUUAUGAUCAGGUGAUGAAGAAGUACCCUUAUCCGGUACAGUUUUUCAAGUUCUGCACACCUUUCGAAUCAAUUCCUCCACAACCAUGCCAGGCAAAUUAUUUCAAAACUGGAUACGCUGCCAGAUUGAUUCAUUCAGUUUUGAGAAAGAGUGGAUUCAAAGAAGUCCAAGAUCUUGAAGAUGCCAAUGUUAUCGUUGGCGGAAAACUUAGUAAUGAAAAUCUUGAAUGUGAAUAUCUCACUCAGAGGACAAAUCACUACGAAAAUACUUUCGCUUUAGGUUCUAAGGCGGGUUAUCAUCACAUUAUGCGUGAACUCGAACAAAGGAUUCAUGAGAUUCCUUCUUUCUACCCAGAAACAUAUCUUUUACCCGAGGAACGCGGUAAAUUACUCGAAGCAUUCCCAUCUUCCCCACUUUGGAUCCAAAAACCAGCAGGUGGAUCUCGUGGAAACGGAAUUAGUGUUAUUGAUGAGCCACCUAACCCAUCAAUCAAGCGUGUAGUUGUUCAGAAGUAUCUUGACCAUCCACUUUUGAUCAACGGACUCAAAUUCGAUUUGAGAUUUUACGUUCUUGUCACUUCUUUAGUUCCUCUCCGCAUUUAUGCAUUCGAUAAUGGUCUUGUCAGACUUGCAACAGAACCAUACGAAGAGAAUCACGAUUCUAUUACAAACAAAUCCGCACAUCUUACAAACUUCUCAAUCAACAAAGAGAAUGAGAACUUUCACGUUACAAACGAUCUUGCCGAAGAUGGCAAAGGCAACAAAUGGUCGCAUCAUCCAUUCUGGCCAUGGUUGAAAGAACAAGGUUUUGAUUGUGACGAAAUCCGCUCAAAGAUCGAAGAUGCUUUCGUUACAUGCAUCAUGGCAUCACGUGAAACAUUCCGCCAGCAACCACGCCUCCGUGAGUCCUUCGAAUUAUUCGGAUUUGACGUAAUUCUUUCAAAAGAGGGUGAUAUCCAUAUCCUCGAAGUUAACGUAUCACCAGCUCUUGGUACAUCAUCGAAUCUCGACAUGGCCAUCAAAGCUCCUCUCGUUAAAGACUUGUUAAACGUCGCAUUAAUUCCACAACCGACAGAAACAGCCAAUUUCAUCGAGGAAAAGAUGUUGAAGCGUGAUGAUGAAGACAUAUGUGCUGCAGUAAGCAUCUGCGAAUACGAAAUCGCUCAAAAGAGACUUGGCGGAUUCAGAUGCAUUUAUCCAACACCAGAAAGAGUCACGAAACUGAAGAAAUACAUGGAGCAUACAGAACCAGAAGACUUGGCUCUUGAGAAAUGGAUUACUUCCAAUGAUACAGAGAAAACAGAAUAUCUCACUGGCCUUUUACAGCAUUUUAACGAGGCAGUGAAGAAUUCUAAGGAAGGAUCAAACUAA